GUGCCACUUUCAGGUCUCCUCACACUGCUGGUGUGUUCCAUUUUUUGUCAUAGGGUGCUGGCAGAUUACGGGCCUCCCAUAGCUGCUGCCAGGCCCCUAAUCUGCCAUGGGCCCCUGUACCGCCUCCUCAUGCUGCUGCCAGGUCCAGAGUCUCUCAUGGGUCCCUGUACGGCCUCCCAUUGCUGCUGUCUCCAUCGCCACACUCUGCCAUGUGCCACUUUCAGGUCUCCUCAGAACACUGCUGGUGGUUUCCAUUUUUGUCAUAGGGUGCUGUAUGGCCUCCCAUUGCUGCUGCCUCCACCGCCACACUGUGGCUCCACACUCUGGUUUUGGCCCCGUGACUGCCCAAAUGAGUGAAGUGUGCGGUGAUUCUAAGAUCGACGGCACUCAUCUGCAUGUCAUACUG